GGCUGGCUCGAGGAUGACCAAUCUUCGCGAUGACGUCAGACUCUAAGAUGGCUGUUUCCUAAAUUUGUUAAGACACUUUUCUUUAAUUUUGCAACCAAUUUUUUAUUGCCAGUUUCGAUCGGUCGCAAACUACGCGACAAUUAAAUAAGGCUUCGCUUGCAGCACCCAUUUUAAAAAUAUGAAACGGAAUUGAAGAAAGAGCCGAUAUGCCUGUGUUAAGUCCCCAUAGAAGUUCAGCGUCGGGCCUGUCAGGUUCCUACAGGUCCAGCGCCCCGUUGUACACACCCAGGAUUUAUACCGACCCGAGUGUGUACAUGCCUAAGAUUUAUAGUGAGAGGUACACGUCCAGGACUUUUAUCGACUCUAAUGGUAAACGGGUGUUCUCAAGAAGUGCUUCCAUAACGGAAGAUGGGGUGACGACCCGCUUUAGAGAAGAAUCGAGGGAGGGCAGUUUGAGGAGAGAUUCAAUGUCACGUGACAGCGGCAUUAGUUCGAUCAGAGAGAAUUCGGUGCUAGAUUAUCCCAGAAGGGACUCCUCAUUGGGGCGCAGCGACAGAUUGUCGACGUCCAGUGUAAUAGACUCUGUGGCGGAGUUGAGAAACAAAUAUUCACCAGCUAAUUAUGUGCCCGCCAUCUACCGAAACAAAUAUGAAAAUAUAUCGAGGUCGAAGUCCAUCAACGAUAUCGGUCUGCCGCCUUUGGAAAAGUCGAUGUCCCCGUCGGCGGCGUCGGCGCCGGCGUCGAGAAAAAAACAGGUAAAUGGCGAACAAUCGGUAAACGGCGAUAAUUCUAACAACCAGCAGUGUGUAUCGGCUUGCUCUUCUAAUACUAACCGCGACGGCGGCGGCGACGCCGACGCCGACGACGACGAAAACCAGCGUCGCACGUCAGUUGCCGACCUUCGCCGAAAAUUCGACGAUAUGCGCGCCCAGCUCGCGGCGCCGCCGCCGAGCAAAAGACCGCCUGACGGAGGUGGCGACCUGAAAGGCGGCAAAGAGGCGGUCGUUAACGGCGCCCUUGACGCCUCACGGAUCGAAGACGCCGACGCCGACGUUACGAGACGCUGUUUGCAGCCGAAGACGGCGGAUGCAGUCAACGGCGACGACAAAGCGGUUGAUGGGGCGGAGCCGGGACGUCGGAGCGCCGCCAGGGUGAACCAGUGCGCAUCCUACAUACCUUCCAGCAACAAUGACGGGGAGGCGGAGGCCGAGACCGGCGCCGCCGCCAAAUCGACUAGGGACUUGACAGCGUCGUCGGGCGCGAGGGGCGGAGGCCGGGCCGCCCCCUCCCCCGGUUUGCCGCUGCGUUUCACAAGGGGCGCGACCGACGAGGACGGGGGCGUGUCACCUGACCCGCGCGGCGCUGCCGCCUCUAUCGCCACCCUCGGUCUCGUGGGGUUGAAAAACAUUGGCAACACGUGCUUCAUGAAUUCGGUGAUCCAAUGCCUGAGCAACACGAGGCCCCUGCUCGAAUACGUGCGUCACGAAGACUACCUGCACGACGUCAACAGGACCACGUCGUCGAUGAAAGGGGCCCUGAUCCAGGCGUUCGCCGAGGUUAUUCGGGGGCUGUGGUCCGGUGGCGGUCUGCCGGCCAUCAAUACCGCGGCCCUCAAGUCACAGAUACAGCGGUUCGCGCCCAGGUUCAUGGGAUACGCCCAGCAGGACGCGCAGGAGUUUCUCAGAUACCUGCUAGAAGGACUGCACGAGGACGUCAACAAGGUGACUACGAAACCCAGGCCGCCGCAGAAGGACAUCGACGACUCGCUGCCAGACGCGGAGAAGGCAGCCGAAGCGUGGAAACGGUACCUGCGCGUUGACAACUCGUUCAUCGUCGACGUGUUCGUCGGCCAGCUGAAGUCGACGCUCAAGUGCACGCAUUGCGGCCACUGCAGCGUUACCUUCGACCCGUUCUGGGACCUGUCGUUACCGCUUCCGUCGUCGCGGCCCGCGGGCAACACCAUCCGCCUCUCGCACUGCCUCGACACCUUCGCCGAGGAGGAGACCCUCGACGGCGACGAGAAGCCUACGUGCGCGCGCUGCAAGGAGCGCCGCAAGUGCACGAAAUCGUUUGCCAUACAAAAAUUCCCCCAGACCCUGGUGAUACACCUCAAGCGUUUUUCUCCGAUGGAACGUUUUCGUGGCAAACUGAACACCCUCGUCGAGUUCCCGCUAGAAGGCCUCGACCUCUCGUCGUACGCGGCCGAACCUCACCACGCCCCGCCGCCGCGCUACACCCUCUACGCGGUGUCGAACCACUCGGGCACCUCGUGCUCAGGUCACUACACCGCCUACUGCCGCCACCCUUACGACCAACGGUGGCACGAGUACAACGAUUCCCGGGUGACGGCCGCCUCCACGCGGUUCGUCGUCUCGCCCGAGGCCUACGUGCUCUUCUACGAGCGGGAAGGAGGCGGCGCGCCCCGCAGCCGCCUCUAGCGGCAGCGUCGCCCUACGCCGCGAAAAAUUCCCCGUACUUAGAUCGGGACGCCCGAUCGCCUCAACCCACGUCUAGUCCUUUCUUUUGUCUUUUGAUUGUUUGCUGUGAAGGGGGCGUGGUUACCUGUCGGUCUGUGUGCAUAUUAUAUAUAAAUAUAUAUAUAUAU